AUGAAUUCAAGUGACAACAAACAUUAUAUCAGAGGAUUCAUCUGUAUCUUCGGAGGUAUCUGCAUUCACCUGUUCCUUGGGUGUCUGUUUCUUUAUGGAAAUAUCCAGGUGUACAUUACUUCAUAUUUCCACAUUUAUGACCCUAGCAUAAACCUGAACAAAACUGUCAUUAUUGCAACAAUUAUGGGUGUGCUACAAGGACUCACCGUCAUCUUCGGACCCUUCGUGAUGAAGCGUGUGCACCCCAAACUCAUUCUGCUUGUUGCAGGGUCCAUAGGGGUCGGAGGCAUAUUCGGUUCGACUUUCAUGACCAACUUUACUUACUUCGCUAUGUUGUUCAGUCUGUUUGGACUGUCGAUGGGCUUCUGAUACCUGCCUCCAUUGCUGUGAGCCUGGGAGUAUUUUCCUGAGCGCAAAGGCCUCAUCACUGGAAUUGUACUUGGUGCAUUCGGGUUUGGAGCUUUUGUGUUCGGGUUCAUAUCGUUUGCUUUGGCCAAUCCGAAUAACCACACUCCACAAAUAGAAGUUCCAGGCGGUAAGAUCUUUGGGCCUGAAACAGCUGAAGCUCAGGGAGCAAUGAGAAUGUUAAGAAUAAAUUGUGCAAUUUGGUUUGGGCUGAUCCUCACAAGUGUGAUUUGUGUUACAAAGAAACCUAAACAAUCAGAAACAAUAAAAACAGAAGAAGAGACAACAGAGCGACCAGAGUCACCUCAAGAGAACAUUCCGAUAUUGAAUGCAUCAGAUACUAUUAUGACAAGCUCUGAUGGUAACAACUUAUCAAAUAUUAAAUCUGGCAGCACUUCUUUAUGAAUCAAAGAUCCGAAUGUUAAAAGUGUGAAUACUCCCAAUAUUCCAUUUAAAGCCGCUUUGAAAGACUACCGAACAUACUUGGUCUGCGGAUCAAUCUUCUUCUCUCUGAUUCAGUCCUCAUUCGUGAACGUGAACUUCAAGAACUAUGGACUCAAAUAAAAUUCCAGAUGACCAAUUUAUCACACUAGUGGGUACACUUGGGUCGGUGUUCAACGGGCUUUCAAGAAGUGGAUGGGGAUACUUAGUUGACAAGUUCCAAUUCAGAUUUGUAUUUGGAGCGAUCCUGGUUGUUCAAAUGGCGAUUGGAUUCUCCUUCCAGUUUAUUGUUGAAGUCAAAGCUCUUUACCUCAUAUGGGUCAUUAUAACAUAUGCCUGACUUGGAGGCCAUUUUGCAAUGCCUCCUAGUGUGUUCGCAAGGAUGUAUGGCCCAAUCACAGGAGGGAAGAUUCAUGGUGUGCUGUACAUUUGCCUCGUACCAACCAGUUUCAUUACCUUGCUUUUAACCUCAGUGGUUGCAGAUGCAAUAGGAUAUGGGUGGGUGUUCUUUAUCUCAGCUGGGUUCUCUUUCAUUGCUUUAUGAAUUAUAGUUUUUCUAAAUGAAAGGAAAUAA